CGAGUCCACUCUCUCUUUCUCUCUUGCUAUAAAGCCAAGCCAAGCCAAGCCGAGUGCCCAUUGAGGCAAGAAUCAUAUUCAUCCAUUCCUUGAUUUUUCUUUCUCUCUCACACCAACUCAUGAAGAAGGCACUCUUUCCUCCCCUUUCCACACUUGUGCUCAUCAUCAUCAUCUUCCCCUUCCUAGUCUCCUCCCAAACUUGCCAAAAAACAUGCGGCAAAAUCCCCAUCAAGUACCCCUUCGGCACCAGCUCCGGCUGCGGCGACCCACGCUUCCAGCCAUACGUUGCAUGCACCCCGCAAGACCAGCUCACGUUCACCACCCACACCGGCUGCUACACCGUCACCUCCAUCGACUACCCCAACCAAGUCAUCUACAUCUACGACCCCUCCAUGUCCACCUGCUCCUGCAAGCUCCCUAGCAGAGGCUUCGGUCUCGACUGGGAUGCCCCCUUCGCCUUCCAUGACACUACCGUCUUCGCUCUCCUCGACUGCUCCACCGACUCCUCGCCUAUCUACAAAGGCGGCAGCGGCAACAACUCGACGUUCCCCAUGUGUGAUUCUCUCGGCUCGUCCGUGUGCAGCCUGCUCUACUCGUGCGAGGCCAUCAGCCGGCUGAACCUCCCCGGAUCCGAGUGCUGCGUGUACAUGCCCGUCGAUCUUGGGCCCUCCUUCGAGAUGGACUUGCAGAAGCUGCAGUGCGCGUCGUACUCUGCUCUAUACGGAUUCAACCUGGGGUCGAACCCGGCGACGUGGACUUAUGGGAUUGCAGUUAAGUACAAGUUCAACUUCGAGAACAAUUAUCCGGAGCUGUGUAGUGACUGCGAGAAGAGCAAUGGCGUCUGCGGAUACAACUAUGACUCGGAAAAGUCUUUCGCAUGUAACUGUCCUGGAGGCAUGAACACGUCAACAGAUUGCCCGUACGAAGCUUCAUGGAGCCACGGAGGAGCACGGCUCAUUUUUGUCCCCCCUAGGACAACUUGGAUCGUGCUCGGCUUGUGCUGCUUCGUGUGGCUCAUCUUGUCGAAAGAUGUCUAACAAGAAAGGCGAUGACCGACCAGAAUUUCAAAAUAUGUAAAGGGAAGGAACCAACUUAAUAGCAGCAGCUGCUGCUGGUAUGGUAUGGUAUGGUGAUCUGAAUGUAGCAUUUGUUUGGUGUAAAAGAUUUGAUUGAGGGUUCUUUCUUGGAAUUUCACUGUGCAUUAAUUUUUUAAAGACCUU